AUGUCAUUAUAUUACACCUUGGUUUUUGCCAUUCUAGUGGUGGAGAUUUUUAUGUUCUCCAUCCUUGCCAUCCCAAUUCCUUCUAAGUACCGUAGGCCCCUCACCCUACUGUUAUUAAAGCCGUUCAAGUCUUCCACAGUGCAAGUUGCGAUCAAAUGUAUACUUGGGUUCAUUCUUUUGCUUUUCAUUGAUUGUAUCAACAGAGUGUACAGCAUCGACAAAGAGCUGCAACUAAGCAGCUCCUCUCAAAAUAAUGGCGCUAUUAUUGCUCAAGAUAGAAUUGAGGUGCUCUCUAGGAAAUUCUUCGCACAAAGGAACAUGUAUCUGACAGGUAUAACCCUAUUUUUGACCUUUGUCGUGGUUAGGACGUUUGGCCUAGUCAUAGAGCUUUUGACCAUGAAGGACGUCUACAGGGCGUCGCCUCCAGUGGCCUCCAGCGAUGUCAAGAAGAACGACUCUGUUACUGCAGAGGCUGCUGCUCAAUCCGGCGCUUCCAAGGACGAUCAUGGCGAUGAGAAAAAUUUUGAACUAUUGAAGAAAAUUCAGGACAUUGAUGACGAAAUAUCACGUUUAAAGGAGAAGUCGGAAUCAUUACAAGAGGAAAUGAACUAA